AUGGAUCAGCUGCGUAAAGAUGCCCGUGAGGCACUCCUGCGCGAUCCUUGGAAUCGACCGAUUUUCUUGGCGGCGGGAUUCACUGCGACAGCAAAGAAUGGGCUGCCCGAGCUGUGGCAGGACGUGUCAUCUCACGAUAGUACCGUCCAUCUAGAUAUCUGCGAAACUCUCUAUACGGCCUUUUGCUUCGUCCAUGGCUGGGAUACCCUGCUACCAGAUGAUGGCGGGCCCAAGCAGCUGAACGAGAGAGAGACUGAAGCCGUUAAGAACUUGUUCCAAUGGGCCACUCAACUGGCACUUCCAUCGUCGGCAUUUGCAGCAGCCUUUGAUGAAAAUGUCGAAAUCACAGAAGAGAUCAAGAAAGCACAGGAAGAGAGCCGACUUAGAUCUGUCCUAGCUAUCCAGCUCAUUCUACAGCUGUCCGCAAAAGCACCCCUAGGUCUAUCGGAUCGCUCCAUAGCUAGCUCGCCCGAUAUCAUUCUGGCUGCAGCCUGCUUCACCGCAGAGAAAGACCCAUGGACGACCGAGGAUAGCUACGAGGAGGCGUCCAUGUAUCUUGAUGUGACAAUGCAAGGCGACAAGUGGAAUCUUAUUGCGCGAUUACUCAAGGAGAAAAUCAGACCAUUGUUCACCAAGACCAAGAAUCCUGCUAUCACCAGCGAAGGCCGCAAGAACUUCCACCCUGUGCCUUUGACUCGGUUUGAUGGAAGUGUUCUUGACGAUGAGAUGAAACCCUGGAAGAAUAAGGAUGUAUAUGCUACCCGAGUCCUUUCAUGGAUCGUUUCGCAGUAUAAGCCGACCGACAAAGCCCAUCUGGAAGCACACUUCCCACUUCUGGUGCCGGCAAUCCUAGCCUUGAUAGAUGACAACAGUCUCACCUUCAAGCGGAUGGGCUGUGAACUCUUCAGCGAAAUCCUAAAGCCCAUCCACCACAGCGGCUCCGACAUCCUGGUGCGCACAAACCUGACCUCCGUCUUCGAGGAUGCCAUCACACCCUGUCUCCUUUCCCUGCCAACAAUCACACCAGAGGAUAGCUCUAUCCAACUUCUCGGUGCAGCAUAUCCAGCACUCCUCUCGCUCUUCAAGACAGUCUACAAAACCCCCUCUUCCAAGAAAUCAAAAGACCAAAACGACAAAGAUAGAGAGACAUACACCGCCAAGAUGUCCAAAAUCCUCCGCUCAAAUCUUAUUUCCUCCUUCCACCACAUCAGUUCCUCAACGCCCACUGCUAUCUCGACCUCAGUCUCUUUCCCCCAUCCACGUCUAUCGACUUUCCUCCUGGAAUGGAUUACCACUUUCGUGAAAGAACUCGGAAUCAACACGACGAAAUACCUCCAGGAGAUCGUUCCGGUUCUUUACACGACGCUCUCCAAUCCUUUCGGCACUGCCCACCCCCCUCUACUCUUCGCCGCAGUAACAGCAACCAAAUUCGUCAUCCUGAAUGCAAAUCCCCGUAUCUGGAGAUGGCGUGGUGAAAUCCUCGGCGCACUGUGUGCAUGCUGGCUCCAUAUUGUCGGCGAGAAACACGAUUCAGAGAAAGGGAAGGGAGACAAGGGAUCGCCGCCGGUGACUGAGCUAGUAAAGAUUACAAAGGAAUUGCAAGGUGCUGUAUAUGUGUUGAAGCAUACUUUGCAGAACCCCGUUGCAGUUCUCAAUGGGGAGCCUGACAAGGAUCAAUUGCUGGCGAAACAAGAGAUGCAACAGGAAUUGCAGACGCUGGUUGAAGCGGAUAGCGAGUUGGAAGGUCUGCUGUUUGCUGAUGUCAAGGCGUGA